AUGCCUAAAAGACGUCGCGGCGGGUCUCCCCCUCCCUUCAGAAUGAACGCACAGGAGUUGCUCGAAUGGAUCGGGCCAGUUUUGAGGAGGGUCGCUGCUUAUCUUCCUCCCCAAAUGAUCGUUCCCAUGGUCCCGGGUUAUGGGCCGACCCCUGUGCGCCGGCCAGCCCCUCCGGCAGCACCCCUUCCGUCAGAAGUCAAGCGAUUGAAACGACGGGCUCCAUUUCUGUGCCGUUCAGCCAAACGGCUUACCCUCGACGAGCUCAAUGCUCAGGCACUUUCAGCGACUUCUCCUCCUGCUCGCCACCCAAGGGUCCACACCCUGAUCGACGACAGUCGGGCACUUUUGCCACCCCACUGUUGCCAACCUUGCCCUCAACGCCCAGCUGGGAGCUCUCGGGAAGGUCUCGACCAAGCUCCACCAGCUUCAACUGCAAGCCAAGCCGGGCCAUCGCGCCGAAGCGGGAGACGUGAUCGACAUGACCCAUACUUUCGAAGCCGACGCACCAGAGGUGGAGGAGCCUGA